AUGAAUCGAAUUGUUGUUUGUAAAACAGUUUUUGCAUUCAUAUUCUAUUUGGCCAAUUUAUAUCUAAAUUCUGUUUUAAUUGUCAUUUUCAAUGAACGAUUACCAUUACAGGAAUAUCCAUUGCCUGAUAUUGGAUUCGAAUUUUUGCCAUAUCGUCGUUAUGCCAUAUAUUUAGUAAAAUUUCAUUCAUUGUUUCUUGGAAUAGCGUUGAUGAUUGUUUUCAUUACAAAUCAAUUUGGUUGGCUAAUCGCUAGACGUUUUUGUAUAAUUACCGGUAUUACAAUAUUCACUCAUGCAGUUUGUUUGGCGGCUACACAAUUACCAGUUUCUAAUAACAGAAAUUAUUGUCAUGAACGAAUUCCAACGAAUGUUACCAAUUGCCAGUUUAUUUGGGAACUAACGAAACGAUCAUGGCAAGAAUUGUUUCGUUUCUUUGUGUUCUAUUUGAAUGACGAUGAUCAACGAAAUUUCUGUGGUAGCAAUAUUGAUAAUAUUCGUGCGAUUCAUAUUAUUUUGGCUUAUCAAUUUCUAACGACAUAUUUCAAAUCUAAUCGUUUUCAAAUAAGAUGGAUAUUCGAUAAACUUUUACUUUACAAUUGUUGGUUAUCGAUUCUAUUGAUAAUAGUAUCUCGUACGAAUUAUUUGGUCGAUAUUUUAUUCGCAUAUUAUAUCUGUACACGAACAUUUAACAUCUAUCAUACAAUUUGUAUGAAUGAAUCGUUUCAAUAUCCAUCCAAUGGAAAUAUGUUUAAUCGAUUUUGGUGGUGGUCAUUAUUGGUUUUUUUCGAAUCC